AUGUAUCCGGCAAUUACUUGUCAGGUAAUCGGUGACGAGUUUCUGACGGAUCCGUGCAGACUGGACCAUGAAUGCCGACCAGAAAAGUAUGUCAGAGAAAGAGGAGACAGAGCCGUCUACGAGGAGCUGAAACAUGUUAGGGAGGACUCCAAAUACGCUGCAAUAAAGCCAGUGCAGGUAUUUUUCGAUCUCGUGGCCCAACGUCGAGAAGCGGACAACGGUAGUCUAUCUGAGCUGCAACAUGUUAGGGAGGACUCCAAAUACGCUGCAAUAAAGCCAGUGCAGGUAUUUUUCGAUCUCGUGGCCCAACGUCGAGAAGCGGACAACGGUAGUCUAUCUCGGGAAAUGGAGGACUCCAUCAGAGCAAACAUUCGUAGAUCGGGCUACAAUUCUCGAAAGCCAGCAAUAGUUAAGAGCUUGAGAAAAUGGGUGAGUCGCUCAGUUACAAUGGAAAAUGUGCCGGAGGAGUUCCGCAAGCUCCAUGAUGGCUCUCCGUUUCUGCAACUGGACGAACCGGGGUUCCACAUUUAUUACUCCACCGGAACCAUCCAGGUACCUACAGUAAACAUAGCAUUCCAAUUAAAGCUUAUAACACUUUUUCAGAUGGCGCGCGAGAAUGGGCUUUAUGGCACUGUGGCCGACGGGUCUCACAGCUUGCAGCCGAAGACCUUGGGGCGCUAUGCGCAGCUGUACUGCGUGCAUGGUGCCUGCAACCAAGACCUUGACGUACCACUGAUGUUCUGCAUAAUGGAAAAGAAAACUCGUCGCGGGUACAAGAGAGUAUUCGAGCACCUGAAGAGGAAGUCUGCUAGGUGA